AUGUCAUCUCUCUUCAAAUAUUCUGCGGUUCUGCGGACCAUCAAGGCACGUGAGCACUAUCACAGAUUGAAGAGAGAGAAGAAGAAGUAUAGAAAUAAUGCAGAUGACACUGUCUGUGAGAGAUUGAAGAAGAAGAUAAAUAUUGAGAAGACAGCUCUGCUCUCUGAGCAUGCUAAUCUGCUUGCUGUUGAAGUGGAACCUGAGACAGCAGACCAGGAAAUGUGGGAUUUUGAGGUGCAGGUUGACCUGGCUGAGAGAGAGCAGUGA